UUUGCGGGCUGGGGCGGCUGGUCAUUACUGCUCCUGUGCUGGGUUGACAGCUCUGGCUGUUAGUGGACGGUGGUUCUCACUCACUGCCAGAGCCAGAAGUGCUCCGUGCUGAAACUCCUGGGCUCCUGCUGCGGUAGCACCCGCAACAAUUUUGUGAAAUUGGCAUUUUCCGCCUCGACGCCCAUCCCGGCCCUUCUCCUUUUCCCAACCCGAACCGUGAUCAUCCUCGCCGUCGUCCCAUUCCUCGACUCCGACGACGCUUGUUGAUUCUACACAAGCAUUCAUUCGAGAGUCCGCCUUUUUGGUGCCUGGAUACGCCCAAUCGUCUAUUAAUUCUAUUCUUGAUUGCCUGUUGAACGCUCUGUCAAAGGUCGGCGCUAGUUUUACCCGUGUUUCCAUACAAGUCGCGACUCCACACCAAUAUCAUGUCUUCUCCAGCCAAGAUGAUUCGCCGAAAGAAGAACGUCAAGAAGGGUAUCCAGUUCUGCCUGAUGGUCUGCGGCGCCUCGGGAACUGGCCGUACUACCUUUGUCAACACCCUCUGCGGCAAGCCCGUCCUUGGCCACAAGGAAUCGGAUGACCCGUCUACUGCGCACGUCGAGGAUGGCGUCAAGAUCAAGCCCGUCACCAGCUUGAGUUGGAUGAGGAGGGAACGCGCAUUUCUCUGA